AUGAACUUGAUUGACAUCCUUUGGAGGCAAGAUAUAGACCUUGGGGCAGGGCGCGAAGUUUUUGAUCUUAGUCAACGCCAGAAGGAGUAUGAACUCGAGAAACAGAAGAAGCUCGAAAAGGAAAGACAAGAGCAGCUCCAGAAAGAGCAGGAGAAAGCCUUGCUGGCUCAGCUGGAGUUAGACGAAGAGACGGGCGAAUUUGUUCCAGUGCAGCCAGCUCAGCCCGCUCAGUCAGAAAAUACCGAGCCGCCAGUCGGCUUUUCACAGACCACACAGACUUCAAAACCAGAAGCGGAGGCCCUGUCCUUUGAUGACUGCAUGCAGCUCUUGGCAGAAGCAUUCCCAUUUAUAGACGACAAUGAGGCUUCUUCCGCUGCAUUUCAGUCACUGGUUCCCACUCAGAUCGACAGCAACCCGGUCUUCAUUUCAUCUGAUCAGUCUCAGGCACCUGAAUCACCUGGUCUAGUUCCAGUUACUGAUGCGGAGAAUAUGCAGAACAUAGAGCAAGUUUGGGAGGAAUUACUGUCCCUUCCGGAGCUACAGUGUCUUAACAUUGAAAACGACAACAUGGCUGAGGUGAGCACAAUGCCGAGCCCCGAAACCAAGCCAGCGGAGACGCGCGACAGCCUCGAUUACUACGGCUCAUUACCCGUCACCAGAAAGUAUGUUAACUAUGGCCCGGACUUCCUGGAGAGCAUUGAGGGCCCCUUUCCCAGCAUCUUGUCACCAGAAGACACCAGCCCGCUGAACGUGAACUCUUUAAAUGACACGUCCCCUUCAAACUCGGAUUUCUGUGAGGAUUUCUACACCACCUUUAUAGACACAAAGGGGAAUGGUGGCGCAGCACCGACCAACGCCAUCAGUCAGUCGCUCGCAGAAAUUCUCAGCGAGCCUAUUGAUCUUUCUGACUUCUCGCUGUGUAAAGCUUUUAACGGCAACCACUCCGGAGCUGCACCGGAAUGGAAUGACUCGGACUCUGGGAUCUCACUGAAUGCAAAUUCUGGUGUGGCAUCGCCAGAACACUCUGCGGAAUCAUCUGCCUACGGAGAUAAGACUUUUGGGUGUAGCGACUCGGAAAUGGAAGACAUGGAGAGCGCCCCGGGAAGCGUGCCGCAGAGCAGCGCUAGCGCAUCCUCACUGCAAUUCCAGGAUCAGGUGUUCUCUUCCGCGGGGCCAAGCUCUCACACACCUAGUUUGCAGUCUCCGACCACACCAAAGACAGACCCCCCCGCCAGCCCAGGGCACCCCGAAGCUCCCUUCACCAAGGAUAAAGCCUCAAGCAGCCUUGACGCUCACCUCACGCGAGAUGAGCAAAGAGCAAAAGCUCUGCAGAUCCCUUUUCCUGUGGAAAAAAUCAUCAACCUGCCCAUUAAUGACUUCAAUGAAAUGAUGUCUGAGGAGCAGUUCAGUGAGGCCCAGCUUGCGCUGAUCCGAGACAUACGCAGGAGAGGCAAGAACAAAGUGGCCGCUCAGAACUGCCGUAAGAGAAAACUGGAAAACAUAGUGGAACUGGAGCAGGACUUGAGCAACCUGAAAGGUGAGAAAGAGAAAUUGCUCAAGGAGAAGGGAGAGCACGAUAAAAGCCUCCGUCAAAUGAAAAAGCAACUCGCCACCCUGUACCUUGAGGUCUUCAGCAUGCUGUGUGAUGAGGAGGGGAAGUCUUACUCUCCCAGUGAAUACUCACUGCAGCAAACCAGAGAUGGCAACAUCUUUCUUGUUCCUAAAAGCCGGAAGUCAGAGACUAAACCCUGA